AACAAUACAGAAACACAAUUACCCUUGAGAGAGCAAAUCGUUACAAUUUGAUUCUCAAGCUUUUGUUUCUUAUUUUUAUUAUUGAUAUCUUUCAUCUUAUAAAUAAUCAGGUAAAAACAUUUGAACCAGAUAAAACAAAACAACAGUUAAAGAAACAAUUAUCGUCAAUUUUUGUGAACACAACAUCAAACAAUGAGAUGAACCAUGUUCCGAGAAAACACUUGUUUUGUCACAUUUUCAUACAAAUCACUAAAGCAGGCCAACUUUUCAAUGGAUAGUCAAUGAUACCAUUUCGGUGAAGUGUUUUGUGGUGUCAUCUUUAAAUCAAUUAUGAAUGAAAUGGACGAAAGGCCAAGUCUAUCCUCAGUCGAUGAAUUAUGUGUCUUCUUGAUGAACCGUAUAGGAAUCUGUGUAUCAGCUUCUGAAGCAGCAACAACACAAGAGCUUGUCAACAAAGUAAUUGAGACUUGGUUUACUCCAAGAUUGUCUUCCUCUUCGUCUCCUAGAUCAUCCUUGUCAUCUUCAUCACCAACGGAUUCAGCUUUAAAAAAUAACUCUACCUUACCAGAUCUACGUUAUUCAACCAAUGGACCAGAUGAUUUGAUUAAAUUUUUUACUCUUUGGAUAACCUCACCAACCCUGGAGUUACAGUUAAAACCGCUUCAUCGUCCAUUCAAAGUGCUUAAACAUUGGGAAAAUUUAUCUAAUAAAUAUGGUUUUAUCAAGGAAAAUUUUGUUCACCUUUAUGGUUCAUCAUCAGCUUCAUCAACCUCUGUUAAUUUAGAUCCAAUUGUUAGCUUCCAACGGAAUAUAUUCACAGCCAAAUGGGAAGAGAUGAAGACAACCGAUCCAGAUGUAUUACAACUGCUGUAUGAAGAGGCCAAAGUGAAUGUUCUUGAUGGCCGUUAUCCUGUAGAUUCAUUUGAAAAGCUAGCUGCCAUCCAAGCAGCAAUUGAAUUAGGCCCUUUCAACCCUAAACUUCAUUCAAGCAAAUUUCUUAAACAGAUGAUUGGUCAGCUGUUUGGAUCUGUUUCUCACCAUCGAUCAUCAUCAACAUCUUCAGUCAAAUGGUCAACCUCAUUGACUUCACCUUUCACCCAAUCGUCAUCUUCCCUUGAAAACAAGAUUAUUCAUUAUUACCGUAAAUUGGGCAAUGUGACAUCAAAGACUCAACUUUACCGCAAUUAUUUACAAAUGUGCUGGCCUUUACCUUAUUAUGGAAGUGCCUAUUUUCAUGGUUUGAUUGAACGUUCAUCUAAAAAUUUUGUUUCCCUCAUUAGUAACAGAUUAAUUCAAGUUUGGAUCGCCAUCAAUCCAAUUGGAGUCCAUAUAAUUGAUGAAAAACACAGUAGAUUGAUAAUUUCAUUGGAAUUCAAAAGAUUCAAAUGGGAAUUAGCCUUAACAUCUAACAGUCAAUCUAAACGAGAAACACAAGUGCCGUCAAUAUUUUUUUACUUCUGGUCGCGAGUCGAUUAUAAGACAAACUUAAUUCAGGUUAUAUCACCUCAAGCCUACCUGAUGAAUACACUUUUAAACGCUUUCCAUGAAAAACAAUCGGGACAUCUUUCUCGACGUCAAAUAUACUCUAAUGACAAUGAUUUUAAUUACGCCAAUUUUGACCAACAGCCAACUUCAAUACAAACUUCAAACCAAAAAACCAGUCAAACGUGUAAUUACAAAGGAAAUAGGAAAUACCGCUCUUAAUGUCCACUGAUUGUUUCCGUUAAUUUUACAGACACCAGUUUAAUGCUUUACAAUAGACAAUCUUUUAAAGUUCAAUUUUUUUCUGUGAAAAUAAUCAUGUUUAGCUUUAUUCUUAGAUGUAAAUACAUUGUGUUGAUAUAUUA